GUAUCGACACUGAGAAAUCAACAAAAUUUGCAAGAGGAAAAACAUCAUUCUUUAGUUACUGAAGAAGAAAACAGGACAUAAUAUGAUAUAGACAACCCUAGCAUGACUUACAUUAUGGUAACAUAGGCAUUUCAAAAACAAAACAAACAACUUAAACUUUCUAUAAGAUUCAGACUUCUAAAAAUCAAUUUGAACAAAAAUUGGUUAAUAUACAUGUACAUGUAUCAGUAAGUAUGAAAUUUGGAAAAAAGAAGGCUGGGGGACAAGAGAAACAAACCCAGGAACAAAUUGAUCAAUCCCUUCCAUUAACACAAAAUGGGCACAAGCAGAACACUAAUGGGGAUGCAACCAUUAGUAAUGGAGAACCUACCCAUACUAAUGGAGACAUUGAUAUAAUCGACGGGGAAGAUUGCGAAGAUGGAGUUAAAAUUAUCAAAAAAACGAAAAGCGGGCUUGUCCAUGCUGAUGACCAUGUGGCUCCAGAUGGAGGAUACGGCUGGCUGGUUAUGUUCACAAGCUUCUGGGUGAAUGGAACAAUCUUUGGUAUACUAAACACUUUUGGAGUGCUUUAUGUUCGGAUGUUAAAAGAUUUCAGCAAUGGGAGUGAAGACAUGGCUUUCAAAACAUCCUGGGUUGGUUCGUUGUAUAUAGGAAUGACAUUUGGGAUGUCGCCUGUGGCUAGCAUUUUAACAGACAGACUUGGGAUUCGGAAAACCGCAAUCCUUGGUGGAAUAAUAGCAACAUCUGGAAUGUUAGCGAGCUCGUUUAUCCGCCAAUUAGAAUGGCUGUAUCUGACUUAUGGAAUACUGCUGGGAUUUGGUUCCUCCCUUGUAUAUACGCCAUCAAUGGUCAUCCUGGGCCACUAUUUUAGAAAACGAUUAGGAAUCGUGAAUGGGAUCGUCUGCUUUGGAAGUAGCGUUUUUACGAUCGCAUUGCCGUUUAUUGAAAAUUAUCUCUUAGACACUAUUGGCUUAGCAAACACUAUGCGUGUAUUAGCUGGUUUAAUGGCUACUUUAAUACUCUGUGGUAUAUCAUUCAUACCAAUGUACACAAAUCGCCAUGAAGAACUAGAUCAUUAUCUAUCUACAGCCAGUUUAGCAGAUACUGUACAAGGUUGUUGUACGUGGGUCAAGAAAUUCCUGAAUGUAUCAAUCUGGAAAAACUUUGGCUACGUCAUGUGGGUGGUAUCUGUUCCAGUGGCGCUGUUUGGGUAUUUCAUUCCAUUUGUGCAUUUGGUGAAACAUACAGGAGACAUCUUCCCUGAUUUUGAUGGUGGAAUAUUAGUCAUGUGUCUCGGGGCGACAUCUGGUGUUGGGCGCCUCUUGUUUGGCAAAUUAGCGGAUCUCCCAAAAUGCAACAGGGUUCGAAUGCAGCAAAUAGGUCUCGCCAUAAUGGGUGUCUCAACCACCUGUAUUCCCUUUGCUGGACAUUGGGGAGGGUUGAUUGCAAUAGUUUUGGUGCUAGGUAUAUUUGAUGGGUGUUUUGUUUGUCUGCUAGGGCCAAUUGCAUUUGAUAUCCUAGGGCCGAAAGGUGCUUCCCAGGGACUUGGUUUCCUGCUUGGAUUAUUCUCAAUCCCUAUGACUGUUGGACCUCCUGUUGCAGGACUGCUGUAUGACCACAUGCACACGUAUCGUAUUGCAUUCCAUAUUGCUGGAGCGCCACCUUUAAUUGGAGCUCUCCUGAUGUUCCUCAUUCCCAGAGUGAGACAGCAUUUUCCCGCAGUAUCAGAAGUAGAAGAUAUAGCUGCCAUGAACAUGGAGAACUUGGAUGAGAAAAAAGUUGGUGAGAAAACGAGUGAAUAUUUCAUAGAACUAAACAGAAAAUGGCGAGAAUCAAACAGAAACUUAGAUGAAAACAGUCUCAGUGGUUCCUGUGCCUUACUGCCAAUUGCCAAUCAAAAUGGCAAAAUAUCAAAAAGUGUCGACUUUAAAGAUUUACAUAUACUGAGGCUGAAAAAUGAAGGGCCCCAUUUGACUAGGAGUUUAAACUUCAAGGAUGUUGAUAUGGAUGCUAAGUCAAAGAAGGGCAAAGUAUUAAAAGAAGUGUAAUUUAUGGACUCCUACACAGUAGUGCUGAACAUUCCACACAGCAUUUGGAAUAUCACUCUGGUUAUGUUUUCACCUUCCAUUAUUAAGCUUGAAGAAAAUAAAGAAUUUUGCUUUUUCACUUUUUUAAAAAUGACAAAAUGAAGCUCUUUUUCAAAGUCUAAGGGAGGAAAAAGAAAAAAAGUGAAUUAUGAAACAAAAGUGUGAAAUACGAGAAAAUGUGACCAGAGUGGUAAUUUACACAUAAUUUCCUCAGAUUGAAAAGUGAAGUAUAUUUUCAGAGUGAUAAAAAUACACUUAAGAUGACUAAAGAAGCAAAAUGUUUGACAUAUCUGCCCAUGUCUGUGGGUACAUGAACUGUAUGGAAAAUUGUGCGCUGAGGUUUUAACUUAGUUACUGUAAAUUGGUUUAAUUUGACGGCUGUUUUAAAAUUUUGCGGAUUGGUAAAAACUGCCAAAUAGAAUCGUCGCCAUUUUUUUAAAUCCAAUUUUCUUUCAAUAAUUUGAUUGUAACCCCAUAUUUAUUACAUUUUAGCUCAUAUAUGAAGGUAAAACCUCCCUGUGUCACCCAAGAGUAACCUGG